CAGAGGAGGAUGAGGAUGGACUUCCUAGUCCUGGAGGAAGCUAGAACGAGGCUGUGCGGUUCAAGCCUCCUUCUGGGAGUGUGAAGCCUCAUUCUGGCUUCCUGUGGGACUAGACGAAAGCUGAGAGGUUUCUUAUAGGAUUGGUUAUGGAUGCAGAAUGUUCCCAGCUCCUCCCUCAUGUCUGUGGCGUAUUGGUUGACAGCAGACAACUGAUAAAAGAUGAUUCCAUCUAUGAGAAACUGCUUGAUUGGUUCAAGUCAUUGCUUAGUGCUGAUCCUCCAGCAAUGCUCCUGGAAGAGAAUCCAUGUCUUGUAGGACUUUUUCAGCAGGUCCUGAAUAUGGGAGAUCCAGAUCCCAGCCUCCUGGCUUUCUCUAUGAGACUGGUGGGCAUGUUUGCAGCGCAGGAAGGAGGAUUUCAGUGUCUGCAGGCUAAUCAUGUUGUACAGAAUAUGUUUGGGGAAUGGAGCUACAACAAUGUAACCUGGAAAGAUGCGUCAGUUAGGAGAGCUUGGAUACAAGGACUGCUCUGCAUGGUGCAGCACAAGCAGGCUCUCGCCCUUCUACAUCAGUGUGGGCUGACAGACGUGAUGUUAAGUCUACUGACUGACUCCAGCUUGUUUGUUGCAUCCGCAGUGAAUGGCCUUGUAGCUCAUGUUUUCCUUAUGAGUGUGACUCUGGAAGGACAAGCAGGCAGCAGAUGUAUAUCUGGUUUACCUGACAUGGCACAAACCAUCUUCAGAUAUCUAGAGAAACUCCUCACCUCUCAUACCCCCCAUUUAGUGACACAGUCCUUAAAAGCUCUGACUGCCAUCUUCCAGGGCUCCCCAGAUACACUGGCAGACAUUCUUUGGCCAAAAAUAUCUGAGCUGGUAAAAUCUUUGCUGAAUCAUAAACCUGUCCUUGGGUCACCCCAUCUUGAGGGUCUGCUGCUUACUUUGACCAGGUUCCCCAUGUUCUGCAGUGCUGACAAUGAUCUGUGGAUGGUGGUCAAACUCGUACUAAAAGAAUUAAGCCCUCUUCAAGCUGCUUUCCUCACAUUUGGGCUACUGAAGAUAAAACAAUGCCCACAGGAUGUCCGCCUGCAGUCUCUAUGUGUACUUCUCCAACCACUGGAUUGCAUACUCAGAGCUUCAGAGGACAAUUGUGCGCAUGUGCAAUUCAGAGGUCUUCUAGAUGAACCUGUGUGUGAUCCAGUCAUUGUUGAGAGCCUCCUGUCUAUAAAGUCUUCAUGUAUUGGACUGUUGUGUCAGUGUCUGGGCCAUCUAACAGAUCUGUGUGACCAGGACUGUCUUCCAACACAGAUUCCCCACGCCUCUGUUCUUCAUUCCAUUGUGUCGGUGCUGCAGUUGUGCAUCGGCCAAUCAGUGUGUACAUCUCCUGCAGGGUCCCACUUCAGCAGGUUUCUAAUAGCUUGUCUGCGAGUUCAAAGGUCAGCGCUGGAUGCCAUCGGAGCUCUUUCAGUUUGGCCAUUGAAGAAGGAAGGUUUGGAGAAGACCUACAAGGUGCUCUCUGCAUAUUUGGAGAACCCAGAAACAGACCCAACGGUUCUGAAAAAAGUUUUCCAGGCCUCACUGAAAUGGCUUCAGACCUCCUACACCUCUGCUGAGCACCAAGAAGAAAACCACCGUUUCCUAGAAGGUCUUUGUCCAGUGCUAAUGAAACGGUUGUGUAGUCCCUGUUGGGAAGUCCGAGAUAGCACUCUAGAAUUCAUCACUUACCUUCUGAGCUUUGAUAAAGAGGAUGGAGAUGUUCUUCGGGCUUUGAGUUCUUCUGGACUUCUGCAGCUGGCUGUAGACCUUAUCAAGGAUCCAGAAAGUUAUGUGCGAGCAAGUGCCGUGACCUGCAUGGGGCAAAUAGCCAAGAUUGCUUAUGUUAACCCCACACCUGCCUUCAGCAGUAUCUUGUCCAUUGAAGCUUUGAAGAAAGAAAACCUGGUGCCAACCUUAAUGGACAUUUUAUGUCAGGACACUGAAGGAUUCCCCAGGAGGGCUGUGGUAAAGGUCUUCACCGACUGGCUAAUAAAAGGUCACAUGGCAGAGAUCCAUGACACAGAGUCGCUUGUGUCUCGCGUAUUGGAAGUGACGCUCGGUGACUUGGAUUGGGAAGUGAAGGUGAAUGCGCUGGAUCUGGCCAAUGACUACAUAACUCAGGCACUUGAAAUGAGCAACUAUCAGAGCUGCCCAUACACAGCAAGCUUACCUUGUAACAAAGGGACGCUCCCCAUAGAAGAUGCUUUGUUAAGAUGUGAACACGUAGCCCUCUUCCAGUUUGUACUGAGCUGUCUGUGUGACUGUGACAGACCCGUGGCACUAAAAGCCUGUGACAUUCUGCUGUCUGUAAAGCCGUCUCUGUGUGAGGGGAGAGGUGUUCCCUCGGAGCUUCAUAGGACAGAUUGGCUAGAAUGUACGCUGAAACAUCUCCACAGUGCAGCCCGUGCAGGUAAUGAGAGCAAAGAGCUGGACACUAACUGGGUGACUGAUGUAUUGGAAAGAAUCGAUUUGGAUGGUAUGAAGUGUUCCUUAUCAAAGAGUAGUGACUAUCUUCAGGAAUCCCCCCUGUCCCUUUUGCAGGAUAUCAAAGCCACUGUGUGUGGUGGAGAGGAGCAAGAUGCCGACUGCUACUAAGAACGAGGAAAAGAAUGGCUGCAAAACUGUACUGGACCUUAUGAAUGCGCCUUUGUUGCUCAUGGUACCCAAUUGGCUGUCAUUUUAAAGUGUAAUCUGAAAGCUUUUUUUUUUCCCCGUUAGUUUGCAACAGAACAUUAAAGCGGUUCUCCACCCUAAAGUGGGGUCCCGCU